AUGGCCGCCGCGGGCGCGUCGUCCAUCUCCGUCACCGUACGAGUCCGCCCUUUUACAAUCCGAGAGGCGGCGCAGGUGACGCGGAAUGACGACCCAACUCUGUUCCUCGGCGAUGGCUCUCUGGCGGGGCUGCCGGCCCCAAAGAUACACAAGGGCAUUCGACCUGUCAUCAAGGUCAUGGACGAGAAAUGCUUGAUUUUUGACCCUCCUGAAGAUAAUGCCGUUCAAAGGUUUGGACGAUCGACAAUAGGGCCCCAGGGAAAGCGAGCAAAAGACGUCACUUUUGCAUUCGACCGCGUCUUUGACGACACAACUUCACAAGCCGAUGUAUACGAAGCCACCACCAAGCCUCUGCUGGACAGCGUGCUGGACGGCUACAAUGCAACCGUCUUUGCAUAUGGUGCUACAGGUUGUGGAAAGACGCAUACCAUCACGGGUACAUCGCAACAGCCCGGAAUCAUCUUCUUGACAAUGCAGGAAUUGUUCGAAAAGAUUCAAGAAGUACAGGAGGAAAAGGUCACCGAGAUCACGCUUUCCUACCUAGAGAUUUACAAUGAGACGAUUCGCGAUUUGCUAGUAGAAGGCGGGAGUAAGCAGGCUCUUAUGCUGCGCGAGGAUGCAAACCAGGCCGUCUCAGUCCAGGAAGUCAUGGAUAUGAUUGUCCGUGGCAACGAAUACCGAACCAUGUCUCCCACGGAAGCGAACGCAACCUCGUCACGAUCACACGCUGUGCUCCAAAUUAAUGUCUCCUCUAAAGAUCGCAACGCUUCCGUCAACGAACCCCACACCAUGGCUACCCUCAGUAUCAUCGAUUUGGCAGGAAGUGAGCGAGCAAGUGCUACAAAGAACCGUGGAGAGCGUCUGACGGAAGGUGCCAACAUCAACAAGUCCCUCCUCGCCUUGGGUAGUUGUAUCAACGCUUUGUGCGACCCCCGGAAACGAAACCACAUUCCGUACCGUAACUCCAAACUUACACGACUGCUCAAGUUCUCGCUCGGAGGCAAUUGUCGGACCGUCAUGAUUGUUUGCGUUAGUCCGUCCAGCGCACAUUUCGACGAAACCCAGAACACGCUGCGAUAUGCCAACCGCGCAAAGAACAUCCAGACCAAGGUCACCAAGAAUGUGUACAAUGUCAACCGCCACGUCAAGGACUACCUUGUCAAGAUUGACGAGCAACGCCACUUGAUUGAGGAGCUGAUGAAGAAGCAGAAGGAUUUCGAGGGCAGCGCAUUCGUCAAGUUCCAGAAGCAGAGUGAAAAGAAGGAUGGUGUUCUCCGGGAUGCUGUGAUACGCUUACGCCAAGCUUACGCUGAUUCGGAGCCCGACCGCAAGGAGCGGAUGAAUAUGUCCAAGACCCUGAAGCAAGCGGAGAAGCGUAUUUCACUCAUUUCAUCUUGGAUUGCCGCAUUCGACAACGUUAAGGACGUUCGGGAACACGAGGAGAUGCCACCACAAAUUACGGCGAUGCGAGACACUGCAGUCGGCAUUUCGGCAGAGCUCGAGCAGACGCGCCAACAUUGCCACCGACGAUUGGAACGUACCGUCUGGACCAGCAAGAUGGACACUGCGUUGCAAGUUGGAUUGAGGGCGCUAGCGGAAAUUGACGGUAACACAGAUGGUCAUGAUGCUGCCAAUUUGACAAGAGAGUAUGAGCUGCUCAAGUCAAACGCCGACCGCGAACUUCUCAAUGCUUUGUUGGAUCAAGAAAGAGGAGGUGACGCGGCGAUUGUCCAGGUGCUUGUCCAGGCGCACAUUGAGACAGUCACAAUCCUCAGCCAGAUCACUCAGAUGGAUGAGACCGAGGCAGUUGAUGCUGCACGGAAGCUCAUCACCAAGAUCAUGAACUCGUGCACAAAUGCGACUUCACAGGCUAUUCGGCCAGAUGGCGGUUUACCGGUAACUGAAUUCUUCCAGCCAAGCUCCAGGGGCACACCAAAGCGGAGGAAGCCUGUAAACAUCAUGGCCCCAUCUCCGAUGAGGCCAUUGGCUCUGCCAACACUAGCCGACGCAUCGCACCUUACUGCGUCACCUGUGAAAGCAUCGCCGCGUCGAAAGAAGAUCCUAGGAAUAGCGGUGAAGAAGGGUGUUCAGUUCUCGCCAGCAAGGAAGAAGUCGCCAUCCAAGACCAAGCGCGGAGUACGCUGGAGGGACGACACGGAGAACGGAACCCUUGCCGAGUUCCAAAAGACGCCUGAACCCAUUCAAAGCUCGCCCGCAAAGCCAGUUAGGCCACCACCAAUGUUUUCCACGGGUAUUCCUGUACCGACAUAUGACUCGGGUGGCUCUUCACCCAUACCCACACCACCAAAGGCCUCUGUCGACCUCAAGGGUUCGUCAAGAUUCGCACUUGGCGCCCUCUCGAAACGCUCGGAUGGCUCACCUGGUUCCCGUGUCAACACCUCAUACACCUCAGACUCUGAUAACGCGUCUCCGCUGCGCGAAAUCGCCAGCAAUACGCGUACCUCGGCGUUGAGUAAUGUAGAAACUGCCUCUUCAGAACAUGUUCCAGAGGGCAACAGUGGCCACUCCAGUUCCGAAGAAGAGAAGUGGACAGCUGCAGAUGCCCGCCAGAUUGGGCAUGCUAUGAAGAGGCGUUCAUCAACAAAUGGGGGUUCAGUGCCCAUCAACCGUGCUCAACGGCGGCGCAGUCCAACAGCGGCAACCGUUGGUAGUCCGCCUAAUGAGAACUCUCUUCUUUCGGCGGGUGCGGCACGUCGCAUGGUCAAAUCAAACCACGAUACUGACUGGAAGAAUAGCGUACUCAGCCCGCGGGUCCAACCCAUCAUGAAGGCUGCCGUAAGGCGCACCACCAUGGCCAACGUUGGUGACGAUCGACCACGGGAAGCACCACUCGGUUCGAAUACACGUGCGCAUGUGCGCGUUAUUAGCAAUUCGUCGCAAAGAGGUAGUCUAAUGCCCAACUCUAAGAGUGUCUGGCGUUGA